AUGGCUGAUCGCAGUAUAGCUGUGGCGACAUCUCCGCUUUUAGCAGAUGGCAACGAUGACGACUGCACCUUCUCGGAUCAGUUUGCCCUCAUUGCCCGCCGCAUGUGUCGUGCACUCUUGCGACACCCACAGUUGGCGUUAUUUUACGACUACCCACAUGUUAUGUACGAGGCUUUGCAUAAUUUUUUUGCACAUUGGUCAGCUCGCCAACAGCGUGCAUCCUCCCUUAGUCUUACAAUGGAGCAGACGAUGAAUCUAUUGCGGUACGGAGAGUCCACCAUACGAAGCGUGGGGCUUUCAGAAGAUGCGCUUGCGCGGAAGCAGACGGCGGCGGAACUUGUAGCCGUCUCCCCUCUCAUCGCCAUUGAGUCUUUGUCGCAUGAACUGCGGAGCGUACAGGUCUCCGUGGGAGUGAUCCCUCUCGCGGAGAUUGUGGAACUCGCUCGCGUGCUUGACAAUGCGCAGGGGCUUGUAACGCCUUUCGGUGCACUCAACCUCGUGCAUCUCGUGGCUCUCGGCGCAACCCUCUGUUUAGCGCCGGAAAUGAAGACCCUCGUGCUGAUGGUGUCCAGCUGUCUACACCACCGCCUGCUGUGUGCCGCCGUUUUCUAUGAGUGGUCACUAAUCGAUACACCAAACGCAAAUGCUUUGCGUGAGUUAUCGAAAAGAGUGGAGAACGAGGCUUCCGACGACGGAAUCAAGGAAGUCGUCAGUUCCAUGCUCGGAAGCACACUUGAGAGCUUUGGAAAUCAGCCCACAGAUCCCGUGAUAACAGACGCCACCAUCGAGGUCACUGCUCCACCAGCCGAAUGUAUUGCGUCAUCCUCUCCCGGUACUCGACCCCAAAAGAGUGAGGAAACGCUUCCCACCGCACAGCACAAAGAUGGUAUCGAUGGCUGUAAGUCCUUAGAGGAGGAUGCGGAGCUAAAUGAUGGAAGCGACAUUGGGGUGACCGACACGGUUGAUGUGCAGUUCUGGCGUCGGCUGUGCAGUUGA